AUGGGUCGACAAAUAAGGCCCGCCCGGAUCUACCAAGCCGUGAGCCAGGAGCUCAGCACGAAGAUCCUGCCCGGCUACCCCGUUCAGGAACCACCAUGGUUCCAGGUCAUGAGAGACAUUCCGCCCUCCGAAAUCCUCACGAGGCCAGUCACCGUCCAGAGAAAGCCCGUCAAUCUCAAGCUUCGCAAGCCGAGCAAUAUCUACAAGCCCCGAGAAUAA